AUUUUGGACUGCUACUUCAUAUACGACCCCAGUACUGUUUCAACUAGUCCCCAUUUUUCAAAAUUUUUUAAUGCCCAAGACCCAACAGACAGCCGUAGUAGCUAAGCCUGUUUUGGCCCUUUUCUCUCGUCCUUCUUCUUGACUUGUGGAAUAUGCCUUUUCCUCUCCUUGUAAACUCCUAAAAAAAUCCGACCUUUGACGGGAUUUCCCAUCCAAAUUAACCCCAUUUGUUUCCCUUUUCAAUCUUUGGAGUUUUGAUCUGAGAAAGUUCAACUUCCAUGGCGGUCACCACCAACUCGGUUCACAUGUGCAGCCACAUAAUGGUGGCUAAGACGACUCCCAAGACCCCAAGUUUCAAUUUCUACGAGAAUUCUGUUUCUGGGGUUGCUUGUAAUGGAAGGAAGUUGAAAAGAAACGUUUUUUGUGGAGUUCAGGCGAUGGUCCAAGUGGGUUUGGAGGAUUCAGAAAGUGUCAGGAAAUUGAGAGUUUUGGAAGGGAAUUUGGAGCUUGAUGUGGCGUUAGAGAGAGAGUUAAGAGAGAAAGGGUUUUUGGGGUUGAGGAAGACUAAACUUGUGUGCACUGUUGGACCAACUUGUUCUUCUUUGGAGGACUUGGAGAGAUUGGCAUUGGGAGGUAUGAAUGUUGCGAGGCUCAACAUGUGUCACAACACCAGAGAGUGGCACUGUGAUGUGAUUAGGAACAUCAAGAGGUUGAAUGAAGAAAAGGGGUUCUGUGUUUCUGUCAUGAUUGACACUGAAGGGAGUCAAAUUCAUGUGGUUGAUCAUGGAUCUCCUUCCUCUGUUAAAGUUGAGGAAGGUUCGGUCUGGUUAUUUACUGCUAGGAAAUUCGAUGGUUCUCGUCCGUUAACAGUUCAAGCAAACGAUGAAGGUUUCUCUGAAGGUAUCAAAGUGGGAGAUGAGCUAGUGAUUGAUGGUGGAAUGGCCUGCUUUGAAGUCAUUGAAAAGAUAGGGAGUGAUUUACAUUGCAGGUGCUCAGACUCUGGUUUGUUCCUACCUGGAGCCAAAUUUAGCUUUUGGAGAGAUGGUAGGCUUGUGCAGAGGAAUCACGAGCUCCCAACUCUGUCAGAAAAGGAUUGGGCCGAUAUCGAGUUUGGCAUUUCUGAAGGAAUCGAUUUUGUUGCCAUGUCUUUUGUAAAUGACGCUGACUCCAUCAGGAAUUUAAAGAACUACAUAUCCACCAAAUCAUCCAGACCCAUAAGAGUGUUGGCGAAAAUUGAGAGCUUGGAAUCCCUUCAGAAACUGGAAGAAAUUGUCGAGGCUUCUGAUGGGAUCAUGGUAGCUCGGGGUGACCUUGGAGUUGAGAUCCCCCUUGAAAAGAUUCCCACAGUCCAAGGGGAAAUAGUCUAUGUCUGCAGGCAACUAAACAAGCCAGUAAUUGUAGCUUCUCAGCUUCUCGAGUCAAUGGUGGAAUACCCGACACCAACACGUGCUGAGGUUGCAGAUGUUUCCGAAGCUGUAAGACAGUAUGCCGAUGCCUUAAUGUUGUCUGCCGAAUCUGCCAUUGGACUGUACGGCCACAAGGCCCUUGCUGUCUUGCAGAUGGCCAGCAGCCGAAUGGAAUCAUGGAGUCGCGAGGAAAACCAGCAGAGUUUUCUCGAGCAGCGCCAGCUCGGAGUCUCGUUGCCUGAUCGCAUUGCUGAGCAGAUAUGCAAUUCUGCUGUGGAAAUUGCCAACAACCUUGCUGUGGAUGCGAUCUUUGUGUUCACAAAUCAUGGACAUAUGGCAUCGUUAUUGUCAAGAAACCGCCCGAACCCGCCCAUAUUCGCCUUCACGGACGACGAGAGCACCCGUAUGGCUUUGAACCUGCAGUGGGGAGUUACUCCCUUGCUUGUUGAUUUAUUAGAUGAUGUGGAAGCUAAUAUCAAAGUUACCAUCAGUCUUGUAAAAUCAAAAGGGUUGGUGAAAGAGGGAGAUUCUGUAUUGGUGGUCUCAGAUGUCACUACAACAAUCUCAACUCCAUUGGCAUUCCAAUCAAUCCAGGUAAAGACCAUUGAUUAGCAUCAUUUCAUUUCUCUCUUUGUGCCACUUCAAUCAACUAUGACAGCAACAAAGAAAAAGACAAAAGCUAGUGGGACCCUAUGAGGGCUAUUUUUUCCUUCUCAUGUUAAUGUGUGAGAAUUAUUCCAUGCAGUUGCUCAUUAUCAAAUAUCAAGAAAGAAAAAGAGAGAUUAGUUUCACAUGAGAUUUGUUAAUUAAUUUGUUUCUUAAAGACAAGGAGUGGUUGUGUCAUACAUUUUCUGCACGUGCAAGGCACGUGGAAGCCGUAUAACAGAAAAAGCCCAGCACAUCAAUGGUGUUGAGUCCGAAUAUGAUCCUUAUAUGAUUUUGACAGCCUCGUGGCGUAUA